CCCCCGGGCCCGGGCAGCACCGGGGAUGUUCGGCGGCGCUCCGGCCCUCCCCGGGGCCGCGUUUUGCUGAUGUAAUCUCCGAGCAGCUGUAAUUUAACACCGCGGCUGUGCCGGUGCCGGGGCGGCUGCAGCGGGGACCCCGCGGGCUGCGCCCCCCCCGCGGCUCGGGGCCACCUCGCGGCGCUCAUGGGCAGCACCUGACCCCGCCGCUCUCCCUCGGCUCUCCCGGGCAAAUGCAGCCAAAUGCAGUUGGGAGCCCACAGGACAAGGCGAGGACGCGGCUCUCCCGACCGGCAAACGAAAACUCUUCUUUUUGUUGCAGUAUGUGUAGCUGUGGGCGUUGCGCAAGUACCCAAACAAGCCAUAGAUGUUCUUCACCAACUAGGACUCGUGAAAGAUGUUCAGCAGCUAUCAGAGACAGCAGUGCCCUCAACGUCACCUCUGUUGCCUCGGGGUGUUCAUCUGACUGCAUCAGGAGUUGUAUUAACUAGUGAUGCACAUAUCGAAUCCCCCAUCGCUCAAGUCCUACCAUCCAGUCUAGGGCGUCAGUUCACCAUAUUAGUUGGGUUGUAUUCUUACAGAGUAAAAAAUGCUUUCCUUUUCAGUAUUAGGAAGAAAAGCAGACUGCAGUUUGGUGUCCAGUUGCUACCAAGAAAGGUAGUGGUGUUCACUGGAGGGAAGGAGUCUGUACACAUUGAUUAUAGUGUUCAUAAUGAACAAUGGCAUUCAUUUGCCAUUGACAUUAGGGACAAGAGCGUCUCGUUAUUUGCCGAGUGUGGAAAGAAGUACUACAGCAGGGAAAUACUUUCUGAAGUGGAGGCGUUUGGUUUGGAUGGUUUGUUUACCCUGGGAAGGAUGAACUCUCACUCUGUCAGCUUUGAAGGGGUUAUAUGUCAGCUAGAUAUUAUUCCCUCUGCAGAGGCCUCUGCAAACUAUUGUAAAUAUGUGAAACAGCAGUGUCGCCAGGCUGAAACAUAUCGAUCUCUGCGAGGAGCUCCACGUGUGUCGGAUGGGCUGGAUGUUUUUUCAGAGACAAUGAUUGAUGAGAAAUACCACUCAGAAGACAUCCCUGCCUAUAGAAGGGACGAAACAUCAACAGUUCCUGUUAACAACAUUGCUCCGAUACGCUUUCUACCAGAACACUUAGAGUGGAGAAAUAUCUCUGCAUCAGAGCUUCCAGAAGCCAAAUCUCUGCUCUUGGAAGCUUGGCCUGAAGCACAACUCCAGGAGAAUGUCAGUCUUCAUCAGCAGGGGACGAGCGAAAGGAGAAACAUCACUAAAACCCCCACAGGAUCGUAUGCAGAUACUUUAGAUAACGCCACAGAAGAUGCAGGCAGGAAAAAUGAGCCUUCUCUGAUCACCUCUGUAAAGCAGGGUAAAACUAAAAGCAAGGAAACGGACAAAACAGACCAGCGUUUAGAUGAACCAAGCAAAAAUCAGCAUAUCUCCAACACAACCCUGUCUGGUUUGCCUGCUGACCUCUCUCUGGAUAAUCAGCUCGGUCCAGGCCAGGAAGGUGCAUUUGAUGCUGAUGAGACUUACCCAGUGGAAAACAGUUAUGACGUUGGUAUUGAUAAUUAUGCUUAUAACUAUGAAGAUCUUGACAAAAUGUUUGAAAUGGGAAGUUUCAGAGGUCCAAAGGGGGAACCUGGACCUCCUGGUCCUCCAGGUCCUCCAGGUUUACCUGGUCCAUCAGGAAAGAGAGGUCCUCGGGGUAUUCCAGGACCACAUGGUAAUCCAGGUUUGCCAGGAUUGCCAGGACCAAAGGGCCCUAAAGGAGACCCAGGAUUCUCUCCAGGACAGGCAAAAUGUGGGGAAAAGGGGGAUCCAGGCCCCAUAGGCUUUCCAGGCCCACCAGGUAUCAAAGGCCAGAAGGGUCUUAAGGGUUAUCUGGGACUGCGAGGACCACGGGGUGAGCAGGGAAUUCCAGGCUUGGCUGGCAGUCCCGGGGCAGUCGGUUACCCUGGCAGGCAGGGCUUAGCUGGACCGGAAGGUAACCCAGGUCCUAAAGGUAACAGAGGUUUCAUUGGACCUCCAGGUGUGGCGGGACAACCGGGACCUGAAGGAGAAAGGGGCAUCCCAGGCCUCCGUGGAAAAAGAGGUCCUAAAGGGAGACAGGGUUUUCCAGGUGACUUUGGAAACAGAGGCCCCCCCGGUCCAGACGGGAGUCCCGGAAUUGUUGGUGGUGUUGGUCCUCCUGGAUUUCCAGGACUAAGAGGAGGCACUGGGCCAGCAGGACCAAGCGGACCAUCAGGAAUUCCAGGGCCCGCGGGUCUCCCAGGGAGUGUGGGACAGCCUGGAAUGAAAGGUGAUAAGGGUGAACAUGGCCUUGCAGGAGAGCCAGGAGACCAAGGGUACCCAGGAGACAAGGGUGCUCUGGGUUUACCAGGACCCCCAGGGAUCAGAGGAAAGCCAGGACCCCCAGGGAAAAUUGGAGAACCUGGAUCCCGUGGACCAUUGGGUCCUCCAGGACCUGAGGGUUUCCCUGGAGAUAUUGGUGUACCUGGAUUGAAUGGCCCUGAAGGUCCUAAGGGACUUCUGGGUGACCGAGGGCCUCCAGGGCCACAAGGCCCCAAAGGAGUUGAGGGAGAAGCGGGACCAACUGGACCUAUUGGAGGAGUCGGCCCCAAAGGCAAGCUGGGACAGAAAGGUUAUGUAGGGGAUCCUGGACCAGAAGGUUUAAAGGGAGAACAAGGAGACCAAGGAAACCCUGGAAAAACCGGUGAAGCAGGACCAGUUGGCUUACCUGGAGAAACUGGGCCGUCUGGAAGUCUUGGCGAAAAGGGAGAGCGUGGCAGCCCAGGACCAGUCGGUCCUCCUGGAGAGAAAGGCGUCAUGGGCUACCCAGGACCUCCAGGAGGCCCUGGACCUGUGGGGCCGGAAGGUUUACCUGGACCUUCAGGGACACGAGGACCACCAGGGCCACAAGGACCUAAGGGAAGAAGAGGGCCAAGAGGUCUGGAUGGUCCUCCAGGAGAACCAGGAGCUCAAGGCAUUAAGGGAGAAAGAGGUGAUCUGGGAAAGAAAGGACUUCCCGGGCUCAUUGGUAAAGCUGGAAAUCCUGGAGAAAGAGGAGAUCAGGGUGCGCUUGGUUUGCUUGGGCCUCCCGGAGCCACAGGAGACAAGGGACCAAUGGGAAAGCCAGGUCCAAGAGGACAACCAGGGGAUGCCGGCCCUGUUGGAGAAAUGGGUUUAGAGGGACCUCCUGGCCCUGAAGGAGAACCUGGCUUGGAGGGAGAACCAGGUGCAAAGGGGGACAUUGGACCUGCUGGUAAGGCUGGAGAACCAGGCGACCAAGGUUUAAGGGGUGAACCAGGACCUCCAGGAGAAGAUGGCCUUCAAGGAAAAGAUGGCCUAAAGGGAGACACUGGAGACCAGGGACUUCCUGGAGAAGGGGGUGAAAAAGGAGAAAUGGGGUUACCAGGAAUUGCUGGACCUCCUGGUGAACCUGGCAUAAUGGGCAUUCCUGGUCCCGAAGGAACACCAGGAAGUCCAGGACAGAGGGGCCGUUCAGGAAAGAAGGGGGAAAAGGGGCAGCUUGGCCCUCCUGGAGAAACUGGACCUGCUGGGGACUCUGGCCACCCUGGAGAAGUUGGUCCCAAAGGCGCAAGAGGAACUCGAGGUCCCUUGGGACACCCAGGAGGAAUGGGACCUGAAGGAGAGACAGGAAUUCCAGGUUAUGGGGGUCACCAAGGUCCUGCAGGGCCUCCAGGGCCACCUGGACCCAAAGGAGAAAAGGGUUACCCAGGUGAAGACAGCACAGUUCCUGGACCACCUGGGCCCAUAGGUGAACCAGGUUCUAGGGGUGAACGUGGAGAUAGAGGAGAACCUGGUGAUGAGGGCUACAAGGGUCAUACUGGUCUUCCAGGGCUUAGAGGACCUGUUGGACAGCAGGGACCUCCGGGAGAGCCAGGUGAAUUGGGAGAGCGAGGACCAAAAGGAGAAAGAGGGUCACAAGGACCCGCAGGGAAGAAAGGAGCGACGGGCCAGGCAGGCAAACCUGGAACUCCUGGAAAUCCAGGGCCAGCGGGGCAGAAAGGAGCAGUUGGGUACCCUGGACCAGAAGGCAUUCCUGGCAACGCUGGCAAGCCUGGGCUCUCAGGGCAGCCUGGCCCGAAGGGUAAUAAAGGAAAGUCAGGCUUACCAGGUCUGGCAGGUUAUCCUGGAGCUCGAGGUCCCAAGGGAUUGCCGGGCAUGCCAGGGCCCAUGGGAGCACCUGGACUGAAGGGUGAGAAAGGGCUUCUGGGUCAUCCAGGAAAGCGAGGCAAGAGAGGCCAUCCAGGAUCACAAGGUGACCAAGGACCAGCAGGAGACACUGGACCAAAAGGACAGACUGGAGAAGAUGGAGAUCAAGGUUUAAUGGGGUUUCAAGGAUUCCCAGGUCCAAAAGGUCCUGCAGGGGACAUUGGCUUAGUUGGAAUUCUGGGCCCGAAAGGUCCAACAGGCCAAGUUGGAUACAUUGGCCCCGUUGGCCAAGAAGGCGUAACAGGUCCAACAGGCAGGGCUGGGCCAAGAGGUGAGAAGGGCAGAAGGGGUGAAAUGGGGCCUCAGGGACCACAGGGGCAGCCAGGACCACCUGGACCACCUGGACCACCAGGACCAAGAAAACAAGUGGACAUCAAUGCUGCUGUUCGAGCAUUGCUUGAUUCAAAUGCUGCACUGCAGAUGGAGAAAUACCAGAACACUGAAGUAACUUUACUAGACCACAGUACAGAGAUAUUCAAAACGCUGCACUACCUUAGCAAUUUACUGCACAGCAUCAAGAACCCCCUUGGCACGCGGGAGAACCCAGCGCGCAUCUGCAGGGAUUUGCUCAACUGUGAACAUAAAGUGGCAGACGGAAAAUACUGGAUUGACCCAAAUAUUGGCUGUCCUUCUGAUGCCAUUGAAGUUUUCUGCAACUUCACUGCAGGUGGUCAGACGUGUUUAACGCCGCUCUCUGUGACAAAGCUGGAGUUCGGCGUCGGAAAAGUGCAGAUGAACUUCCUUCAUUUGCUGAGCUCUGAAGCAACCCAUAGCAUCACGUUUCAUUGUCUGAACACACCGGUGUGGGGAUUAAAUAAAGCAGGUGGCCAGAAAACUUCUAUUAGCUUCAGAGGAUGGAACGGUCAGAUAUUUAAAGCAAAUACUCUACUUGAACCGAAGGUGCUUGUGGAUGAAUGCAUGAUUGAAGAUGGCAGCUGGCAUAAGACACAGUUCUUCUUUCACACUCAGGACACGCAUCAGCUUCCAGUUAUUCAAGUUAACGCGCUUCCUCAUCUCAAACCGGGACAGCAGCACUUCAUAGAAAGUGGUUCGGUGUGCUUCCUUUAAGGUUUCUGUCCUGGAUUUUUUUACAUCAACGUGGAAUUGCUGCAUAGAUCGAAUGCAAAGUAAUGAUCUGUUACAGGCAAAGUUUGUAGGAAACUGAAGAUUCAUUUGGAACAGCAUGGGUUAAAGGAUUUUAGAAAGAAAAAGACUUCCUCCCAAGGAAAAAUGGCAAUGGAAAGGAAAAGAAAGAAAGUAAGAAAGAAAAGACUACAACGCAUAAAGUAUUUUUUAAAAAUUGAUUGGUGCUCUCUUGCAUAAUUUCCUGGAACAGAGUAUCUGAACACAGAAUUUUUUAGGAUCUCUAGUGUUCUUAGCAAUCUCUCUUAACAGCACUGCAAGGAAAUCACCCCGAGGAAAGCUGGAGACAUACAAUACUAAGGAGCAAUACUGGCUAAUGCUCCUAAAUGUGCAAUAGCUUAUAUAUGAAAAGCGAAUUACGCCACAGUACAAUACGUCUUCUUUUCUUAAGCAUUGUUUUAUUAGAGUCCUUCCUGGACACACACAUCUUAACAGAUGGCACACUACCUCUUCUGUGUUCCCUGUCCGUGUUGCCGUGGUGCUCUUCAUCACACAAGGUGCUUGUGGCCUUAGCAGAGAUUAUUUGAGUCCCUUUUUAUCUUUGAGACUGUAUGUGCUGGUUACAUCAGGAUAUGUUUCUGUUGUAAAGGUACUUAUUUUAAAGUGUUGAUCCUAUACUUCACUCCGAUGAAAACAUUAUUUAUGUGGGUUUCUUGUUUAAAAUAUUUUUGCGUGCUGUUGUGGAAAUGGUAUAUGAGACAGCACAAUGUAUAUGAUGCAUAUAGUCAAGACAGUUAGCUUUACAGCCAGUGUAAAAAUCAUUGUAGAAGAGCUACCUACAGUAGUCUUGAGUUUUAGAUUCUGCAUUUCAGUUAACAUUUCAAAUGCCAAAGGUGUCUUAAGAUGAUAUAUUGUGUAUAUAUUUUGUAACUGGUGAAAAAAAAAAAUCUACUACAGCAUGUCUUCUGAAUGGCUGCUGUUAAGUUAUAAUCAGCACUUCAUCAACCUAGAAAUUCCAUUUUCUGCAUUAUUAGGUCAUUGCAGUUUUCUUAAAUUAAGCCUAAAAUGUUCAACCAUCAAUUUUCUUAAAAAAUAAUCGGUUUUACUAUUAGGAAAAGCCAUCUUUAGAACAAUAUGUCUCUAUUAUCCAUCCAAAGUCUGCUCAGUAGUACAGGAAGAUGAUACCAGACCCUGCUGGAGAGAAGGAGAGCAUUCAAACAAUUUGUUUUACUGUCUUGAUCCACAGGAAACCAUACUUACCAAAGUAUAAUAAAACAAGCUUCCAAGCUAUCUAU